CUGCCACCGCCGCGCGUUGACGGUUAGACGCCACCGCGGGAGGAGAGCCCCUCCCUCCCCGUCCGCGUCCGCGUCCGCCUCAUCUCCGCCGCCCUCUUACUCCCCCUCCCCUUCCUCCACUCCGUCCACCUCGGAAUCGUCGGCGCGACGCCUCCAAACCCCCGCAUCGAUUCCUCCCUCCCACCUCACCCCACCCUUCCGCCCGCUCGAUCCACCGCCGAAGCGGGCGGCGAUGGCGACGCCGUCGUCGUUUUCGUCGGCGAGGAAGAAGGCGCCGAGCCCGCCGAAGCACCGCCACGACGGCACCUCCGGGCUGCCGUUCGGCAUGGACUGGAGCCCGCCCCCGAAGAGAUGGGAGGGAAGGAACACCAUAUGGCCACAUAACCCUCAAACCGGAUGGAGUUACUGUGUGAUGAUUCCUUCUUGGAUCGCUCAGACACCUGAAGCUAGUGCGACUGCUGACAACUUCUUGAAAUCCAUAGUUUUUUACAGGAUACAUGUUGGUAUACAAUCUCCAGAAGGCAUCAGCUCUAGCCACGGAGUUCUUCGAAGGUUUAGUGACUUUCUAAAGUUAUCUUCUGAUCUUAAGCAGGAAUUUCCCAGAAAAGGAAUCCCCCCUGCUCCACCGAAGCAUGCCUUUUCAAGAAUAAAUUCAAGCAGGGUGCUUCUAGAAGAGAGAAGGAACGCUUUGGAGGAGUGGAUGCAAAAGCUACUUUCUGACAUUGAGUUGUCGAGAAGUGCACCUGUUGCUGCUUUUCUUGAGCUGGAAGCUGCUGCACGCUCAUAUUACCAAGAUUGGAAUCAGCGCCCUUCUGAAGUGGGUUCUUCAGCAAAAAGUAGUGCAGAUUCUUCUCCGCGUCCUGAUGAACAUGGUUCAGGUGUUCUCUCUGAGUCCAGUCAAAUGAAUUCAGCCUUUGCUCAUGGUAACGGUCCGACAGGAGCAACUGGUAAUGGUAUGCUGGGAGAGUCUAUCUUAGAUCAGCCCAAUGAGCGGGCUAGUAGCAUGUCAAAUCACAGGAAAAAGAACCAUGUCUUUUUGGAACAUGGUGUUAGGAAUGGUUCCAUAGAUACUUAUAAGGGAGUGGUUUCCGAAGAGGAUCACGAUUCUAACCCUGGCCAUGCCAGGAAGGACUCUGCUGAAAGUAUAGGAAGUGAUUUGAGUUCUUUGAGGGGCAGUGAAUUAUCGGUUCCUGGAGUUAGUAGUUCCCUUUGGGAUGGUCCUGUGGAUCUUCCAAGUGGAAUUGAUGGACAUAGCCAAACAGAACAAUUUACAGGUUUAGAUAUGCAGCUUUUAUAUGAUAUGGAUGCACAAAUCAUCCUUCCUGCUGAUCAAAGGCCGAAGUUGACUAGACUUUUGAUCAGCAUGGACAGAAGACAGGUGACAGCAAAAACUGAUAUGGAGGAUCUCAUAGCACGACUAAAUCAGGAAGUGGCUGUCAAAGAAUAUCUUGCGACAAAGGUCAAAGAUUUGGAGGUUGAGUUGGAAGCUACGAAGAAAAAAGACAAAGAGAUUCUACAUCAGGCUGUUUUGACCGAAAGAGAGAAAAUUACCCAACUUCAAUGGGAUAAGGAUGAGCUCUACAGGAAGUACUCUGAAAUGGAGUCAAACCUGAAGAUUGAACAAAAUGAGAAAACUCGUGUGCAGUCAGAGAAAACAACUGCUAGCGGUGAAAAAGAAAUGUUACUGGAAGAGCUAGAAACUAAACGAAAAGAAGUUGAGAGUUUGCAGCAACAUAUUGGAGAAUUCGAGGCAAAGUCUAAAGCAGAUAUAAAAGUUCUUGUUAAAGAGGUGAAAUCUCUUCGGAACUCCCAAAAAGAGAUGAAGAAAGUGCUGAAUCAGUAUCAUGAGGAGAAGACUGAAUUAGAGAGGAUUGUUAACAGGGAGAAACAGCGGUCAACACGUGCAAGGUUCUCCCGUGAAAAAAUUCUUCACGAAUGCAGACUGCUCCGUGAGCGUCUACAGGAAUGUACUGCCAAGUUUGUUGCAGAUGAGCAAGACACUAUGACUAUUGAUUUAUCAUCUUUGCCUGAUGCUUUAGAUCUUGUGACGACAUCAGACAAUAGAAUACGUUUGCUUGUUGCUGAGGCUCAACUUCUGUCACGAGAUGAUGAACAGGGCUCUUCUGAUGAUGGUGAUAAUUCUGAUGGUAAAUCCUCAGUUACCAUGAGCAGUGAAGAUGCAUAUGUUACUGAUGAAGAGACAACAAAAAUGUUAUCUGAUCUGCUUAUUGACAAUGCACAACUGAGGUUGCGCUUGAAUUCUCUCAUCCGUAAUGCUGUAAAUACUGCUGUGAAGACGGAGAAAGAAGGUAGUGAUGGAACCGUGCCAAAAAAGACGGUGCUUAAUUGGUUAUUGGACAGAUAGAAAAACCAGUAUAUAUUCUUGUGAAUUAGCUCUUCUAGUUAUGCGGCCUUCUCAAAGUUAUAUGAUGAGUAUUGUUAUAAUGUGGGAGUAACAGGAGUGGAGAAAAAAAAAUCAAAAUCUUCCUUACAUGCAGAUCAAGCAUGUGGUGGUGUUGUAUCUCUUAUUUACAAAGAUUGAUCAAGGAUAAUAUAUUUAGGAGGCUUCUGAGCCUGGCCUCCUAGCGGGAGAACGGUAGGGCUCAUAUGGUUUUGGGGAGGCUUGCAACUGGAGUGGUAGAGAACAUGGGUCCCCCUUUUUUGCACCAUACUUCAAUUUGUAAUUGCCGAGCUGAUGGAUAGCUGCAUGGUUGUAUCUUUGUACAGAUGUUUCAGAUGGUGAGUUCCCAGCAGGAAAGCAUUGUACACUAUAGUUAAACUCUGGAUUAAUCUUCUUCACCCAUAGAGUGCUCAACUGUUAAAUCAGUACUUCUUACU